AUGAAUGCGCUUUCUCAGUUCCUGAAGGAGUUAGAUCCCUCUCAAAUUGAUGAAGCAGUGGAACUCUUACAGCGAAUAAAAGGGGGAAAAGAGCCGUCCAUAAGUGCCAGUUCUUAUAAUCUAUGUUCAAAAAGUGACGAUAGCCAAAUACUACAAGUACAAAGUGCUUCUGUUAAUAGUAACUUUAUAAAUAGUUCACAAGGAAAUUGUUUCUCAAAUUAUACAGGCAUUAAUGCUGAUGAAAUACCAUUGAUGUAUACUCGCUUUGCAAGAUCUUCAGAUAUUGAGCCCAUCGGAGGAUCAAACCAAGGAAAAGCUCAAAAAACAGUAAAGAAAACGACGAAUCGCAAAAAGUCUUUGAAUUUUGUUGGACAGUUGCACGGUAGGGCUCACACUACGAUUCCCUUCCAUCAAGAGGGACUUACAGAAGAAAACGUGCAGGAAAUAAAUCGAAAAGCUGUAUCAGUAAAAACAGUUACACCUGUAGUAGCUAUUCGUAAUCUUAACAGUUUCGGUUUUCUUUCUGGCACAGCUAAAGCAACUAGUGGGAACAGGAAUAGAAUGUUUCCUCUCUUUGUCCAGGACAAGCGUCAGACCCCUGAGGCACUACAAUUCUGGAAGCAUAGAAUACCGAACAACGAUAAAAUGGAACUAACCGAAAGUGCGAAAAACGACAUGGCAACUUCAUUCGGAGAUGAGGAAUUUUCUUUAUUGCAUCCUCCUAUGUGCUUAGGUAAUAUUGUGCUUGAUGUUAACCGUUCAUAUUCUUUCAAUGAUUUUGUGGAAAGUGAGCGGGAACAUUCUUAUACCGAUUUGAAAUCCAAUCCGCCUUUGACGUUGCAGACUAACACAAUUAAGAAUUGUAUGCACACCAGCGGGUCCUGUAGCAAGUGCCCGUGCCUAUUUCACAGUAGAGUUGCGGAGCCAUAUAAGGGCUUCAAUAGCGAAGUUAUUUUCUAUGGUUUUUUUGCUGUUGGUUAUGAUCCGUGCCAAGCACGUCCACCCUACUUUGGAACAUGUAACCACCUGCAAGGGGGGAGCCGUACUAAUGAAGAGUUGGAGCAAAUUGCACGCUUUCCAGUAGGAGAGCAAAUACCUCAGUUUUCUACUCUAGACUAUGAUUAUGAUUCUGGUGACGACUGGGAUGUUAUGGAUGGCGAAGAUAUUGGGGCGUCAAGUUCCAGCGAUUCCAACUCGAACGGUGACGAUGAGUCCUUUGAUAGUAGUGACUUAGACUUUAUUAAUGAUGAUGAUAUUGAUUCAGAUUGUGAGUUGUAUCGCCGAAUAAUAGAAGCACGCAAACGGCGUUUAAAUCGAUUGCGUGGAAAGGACAAACUUGUGCCUUUAUUCAGCGGACCCUUUGUUGCAAUUUCCGUAGAGGAGCAUCCCUUGCGAAGGUACGAUCGACUGGAGUUGAUGAUGCUACUUUCGGACAGUUAUUUGUCGUCAAUUUUGGAAUAUGAAUUACAAGUUCAGCACGACUACUUUGCAAAUACGACCAAUGAUAAUUCUGUUAAUACAAAUGUUGAUGAAACUAGGCAGCAAAAAUUGAUGAGGGCUGCGCUAAAAAAUCGGCGUGAAAUGACAGCUGAUGAGAUUAACGCUGUCCAUGAUUUAGUUAAUGUAAAUGGCAAGGUUUGUGCAAGAAUUAUUGUUGCAGCACUUCGCGAGCAGCAUAUGUGUGUAGGUGUGGCUAGAGCAGAGAUUGAGCGAACUGUCAAGCGCUUUUAUGAAAGAAAACGGGGCAUCUUAGUGCGCCGCAAUCAGCCAUGGCUUCCAACAGAUGAAAGAUUAUUUAGUAAAAGCACCAAGCAAAGGUUGGAGGUAAAAUUCACUGAAAAUUUCCAUUCCCCAGAUUUCCAAUCAAACGAUGAGGGCGAUGCAGUUGAUGAUGAUCUUGGAGCACUAGAGGACAACAUUGACGCUAGUGGAAGUGUGAAUUCACUAGACAAACCAAGCUCAGUGUUUCAAGUUAAUGAAGGAACUAAUCUUAACUUAUUUGCAUCCAAGGGGGAUCUUUCCACAAAAAAUAUAUCAGAAGUUCAAUAA